AUGGCUCCCCGCCUCGUGAAACUAGCAGACAACUUCUCCUGCUAUACCAGCGGAGAGCACGAAGCACAAUUCAUUUACCAGGAGAUCUUCGAGCAUCAUGGCUAUGACGGACCCGUGCUCCCGGACGCGCCAUUCAUCGUUGAUGCAGGUGCCAACAUCGGGCUUUUCUCUCUAUACAUGAAGGAAAAGCAUCCUCUUGCCCGGAUCCUUGCCUUCGAACCGGCACCAGAAUCCUUUGAGACGUUGAAGAAGAAUCUGGCUUUGCAUAAUGUCUCGGAUGUUGUAGCAUACCCUUACGCCCUGGGCACUCAGGCCUGCACUGCGGCAUUCACGUACUUUCCGAAUGUACCUGGCAACUCUACAUUGAAUAUGGAAGAGAAGAGGCAUCAGAUUCAGCUCUUUCAGGAAAAUUGCAGCGACAUAUUGUCAGACGAUGUGUUCGAGGGUGCUGCUGAGAUCACGGUUCCGGUUAAUCGGUUGUCGUAUUUUCUCAAUCGCGACCAUAGCGAUGUCGCGGCAAUUGACCUUCUCAAGAUUGACGUCGAGGGUACUGAGUUGGAAGUGUUAGGUGGUCUUGAUGAUGCGGACUGGAAAAAAGUACGGAAUAUUGUGAUGGAGGUGAGUGAUUUGGAGGGGAGUCUUGAAGCGGCGAGGCAGUUGCUGGAAUCUAAGGGAUUUACGGUUACUUAUGUCGCGUCUCGAGAGAUGCCGGAAGUCUUCAAGAUGUACAUCCUGACAGCUUGUCAGUGA